GUAAAUACUUAAAUAAUUACUUUUUUAAAUACAAUUAACACAAUUAAUCUUAACAUGUACUAUAUCUGAUGAUUGGGUUUUUUUUGUAUCAUUUUGUUAACUAACCGACUGAGCUAUGCUGAAUUGAACACCAUCUCGAAAAGUAACGUUAGCUGGCUAGCUAACUUAACCAAAUGCUGCUGCAUAUUUUGAGUUCCUUGCUCAUCGUGUUUGUUAUCUAGCUAACUAGCUCGUGAUAAUUCAUUCAUGGUUCUAGCAAUCUAGCAAAGAUGCCACUUAGAAAUGAUACGGCCAGCUAGUCUACCUCACUAAUGACUUACCUGUGCACAUUUCCACAGGUUGGAUGUUGAGAUGUGAAAUGCCGAUAUCUUCAUGGGGUUCGGCUCACAUCAUUUGCACAUCAUUAUCACAUUACUUCCUUCCAAGCAUUUAGAACUGAAGAGUAUACCUGAUAAAUUGGGCCAGGGAUGCUCAUCUGUCUCCCAUGUCUCAGACAUUGCUGCUAAGCGUUUGGCACCUGAAGUGUGACAAACUGCUUUAUUUUGACUGAGUCUUGAAAUUAAAUUAUUUUACCUUUGGACAGACUGUCUUUUAGACGGCGUACAGUCUUCUGAGACUAAAUGCAUUCUUUUCUUUUUCUUUUUUUAAAGUCCUAGGAUUUAAUUAGUUACAGUGAGAUAUGUACUUAAGUAUUUUAAUUAGAGUACAUGUAGUUCAUCAUUCAACCCUGGGUUUUAGACACUUAACGUUAUGUUUUUCUCAUGUUGGUUAUAUACUGUAUUUGGUUGGUUAUAUAUUGUAUAUUCUAUAUGGUUUUUCUGUAAAGGUUUCCAUUCCGUAUAAUGUUUUAUGGCAAACAUCUCAAUUCUAAUCCUGGAGCACCUUCAACCUGAACACAUUUUGGUGUUUCUGCUGUUCCCAACUCACUAACGAGCCUGAACUAGAUUGAACUGGGGGAAUUAGAGGAAGAAAAAACACCAAAUUGAGCAGGCCAGUGGUUCUCCAGGACCAGGAUUGAGGGCCGUUUUAGGGCGUUUUUCUCUCUGUGUUGGUGAUGAGUAUGUGGUUGCUCAGUGUCCAUCCCAAUGUACAUUUCAGUGCUAAUUGAGUUCUUUGUCACACUCCAUGAUAAUUGGUUUACUUCGAACAUCUUGGUUUUAUUUAACCAUGAGGGCUUUAGUUUAAUGGACCGACAGCAGGAGUGCCUAAUGGUAGGUAAACUGCCGAGGGACGUGGGGCAACGGGUAGAGAGGAAAAUGUGUUCUGCUGAUUGGUGCUGGUGUCCAUAACAGACCGUGCAUAAGAGUGAAAGUUAAAUGGGCCGUUUGAUGCGACAUUUUAUAAAUCUCAGGCGUUGCCGUGAGCGUGUGAAGCAGGUCUCGUGACUCAUGGCUUUUUCUGUAACCUUGGACUGGUUUUCUCAAAACAACAACAAAGGAAAAAAACAGUAAACUCACUGCUGGACAGAGAUGAACACUAAGUUAUUCAAGACAGUAUAUGUUAACACUGGUCAACUUAACAUGAUUUGACUUCUCUGGCUUGUUUUCAUCUCUUUGUACAUCUGUGACACAUCGGUAUUGUUUUCUUCAUCCACCUUGUCUUGAUAAAGCAAUUUAGACUGAAUUAUAAAAGUCCUUCUUUAUUUGCAGUAAGAGUUCAUCUAAUACCACAUCCAAUUUUGGAGCAAAGUUGUUAUAGUAUUUAAACUGCUCAAGACAUUAGUGUUUCAGCAGCACAGAAUGUAGAUGCAGGAGUCUUUCUCUGUCUCUCACUUUGUGUCUCUUCACUCGCCCGAGACAACUGCAGGUGUAGCCUUGAUAAGUCAUGGACAAACAGAGAUGUUUGUUAAAGCCAUUGAUCUGAACACGGCCGGUCCUGUUCAAUUAUUGGCGAGCCACGAAGGAGACACGAAUGAAAACUUGUUGUCAGCUCUUUGUGUAAACAGUGACACCAAUGGCUAAGGUGAAGCAGGGUCACAUGGUGCCGGUGACACACCUACUGGAGGCCCUAAAGCGGCGCCAGUCGCACAGGUACAGCACAGGAGUCUAACGCACAGGGACAGGACGCUGUUCCCACACCGUGCAUUACAGGCAUGAAUCGGGAAGAACAUUACUACUCGGCCAGCCACCUUUACAAGGACUCCUGUGCCUAUCAGAGACCACACAAUGAGGAGUACAGCCCAAGCCCGCCGCCGUGCCUUUACAUGACCAGGCAGACCCAAUCCGUCUACGCUUCUCCUGCCUUAGUCACCCAGGACCAACACCAUCUUCCUGAUAUCACGUCCUAUGUGCCCGGACGAGAAGACCUGGCAGUGUCUCAUCUGCCCCACUCACAAGCUCAACAGCUGCCCCUUCAAUCUUUCACGGGUUACGGAGACUCUCUGGACCUGUGCUCUGAACGAAACAGGUGCCAUCUUCCUUUCCCUUGGAUGAAAUCGACAAAAUCUCACACGCAUGCUUGGAAAGGACAAUGGACAGGUCCGUACGCGGUGGAGCCCGAGGAGAACAAGCGCACGCGCACGGCCUACACGCGCGCGCAGCUGCUCGAGCUGGAGAAGGAGUUCCUCUUCAACAAGUACAUCUCGCGUCCGCGGCGCGUCGAGCUCGCGCUCACGCUCAGCCUUACCGAGCGCCACAUCAAGAUCUGGUUCCAGAACCGGCGCAUGAAGUGGAAGAAGGAGGAGGACAAGCGGAGAGCACGCGGGACGGAUCCCGAGCAAGACUCCUCCGUCACUUCCGGCGACCUCAGAGACGACGCGUGUGGCACGCACGCGGCACCGCCUUCACCUCUGCAGUCUCACACCGCGCCCUCGGUUCCGCGAGACCCCGCCUGAAAAUCUUCAGCAGUGCUGAAAGGAGAUGAAGCACGAAAUUCAGGAACAUGUGCUUAAAUACAAAAAAAAACCCUCUUGGACUCAAAGUUGAACUUAUAUACAGAUGUAUAUAAAAGCUCCAGGCGACGUCAUCACCAGGUCAUUGUCCGGCAUUACUGCAGAGGAGGGUGAACACUGCUAAAGUGGGACACGUGUGAAAAUAGCACUUUGUCUGUCACUUCACAGGACACGUUUAUAAAAUGCUUAAGAUCUCGCUUACACUGUUCAAAUGCAAAAAAAAAUGAAGAAAUAUCACAACACACGUGCAAUGGCCGUUUUUACAGCCUCUGUUUAUCACCCUGUGAAACUGUUACUGUGGGACAACUAUUGUUUUUACUCUAAAAAGAAAAGGAAAUACAGAUGCUAGGAAUCUAAUUAACAUAUAAUUAACAUUUCAUUCUAUUUGAUUUGGCUUCAAAUACAUGUAUAUAUAUUUAAACACACACACUA